ACCACUGCCUCUAAAAUGAGUAUCUCUGGGGAGAGAGAGGAGGAGACCACUGCCUCUAAAAUGAGUCUCUCUGMGGAGAGAGAGGAGGGGACCACUGCCUCCAAAAUGACUCAAGACAACAGUUCUAAGAGUGUCCAGAAGCCCAGAGCAGAGUCACCUACAACCAGCCUGCUAUCAAUGAAGAGUGAUCAGCCACCUGCUUUCAGCCAGGAACCAUUACCAGAUGACAAUAAGGAAGUGGAGAGUUUGGACAGUGAGGAUGCAUUAAAGAUCACACGCAACCUUCUGGACAGAAGAAGUCAAACUCUGCUGACAGUCCAACAAGACAUUAAGGCUAAACUGAAACACAAGUAUCAACACAUAUCUGAAGGAAUUGGACACCAUGGAAACCAAAGUCRGUUCAAGGACAUCUACACAGAGCUCUACAUCACAGAGGGUGGAAGUGGAGGGCUCAAUAAUGAACAUGAGGUUAGACAGAUAGAGAUGGCAUCCAAGAAACAAACCACACAAGAGACAUCAAUCAAAUGCAAUGACAUCUUCAAGCCUUUACCUGGACAAGACAAAKCWAWCAGAACUGUGCUGACAAAAGGAAUCGCUGGCAUUGGAAAAACAGUCUCUGUGCAGAAGGUCAUCCUUGACUGGGCAGAYGGAAAAGCAAAUCAGGACGUUCAUUUCAUGUUUCCUCUUCCUUUCCGUGAUCUGAACCUGAAAAAGGACCAAUACAGUCUGAUGCAACUUCUUUCCCACUACUUCCCAGAGCUGAAAGAGAUUGACAUCAUUAAAGAUGAUAAAACAAAAACU